CGUCUUAUUAUUGAGUUAUGAGUUGGUGACAGCCUAAAGCAAUAGAAUAGUCAAACCAAGAAGCCCAGAAUUCAAGUCUGGCAGGAGAUGAGAUGAGAUUGUUUUUCUGGCAGAAUUAUUCACAGUUCUUUGGGAACAUCUCCCACAUGAAACACAGCCAAUAGCCUACCAAUUGAUUGGAUUCUUUGGCUUGAAGAUCUCCACUGGGAAGUUCCAGCAAGAGCAAUAGAUGGGUUUGUGACAAAACCCAAAUCGUUGUUUUCUUCAGUAAUUGCUUGGCGGGUCAAACUUGAGCAAUCUAUCUAUCUGCUUCUCCGUGUUGAUUGGAGAAGAGGGAAUGUUAAGCAAUGUGGGGAAUACGGAAGGAAAAUCAAACCCCAAACUCAAGUUAUUGCCUCUUAUUGCUCUAAUCUUUUAUGAGGUUUCUGGUGGACCAUUUGGUGUGGAAGAUUCAGUGAGGGCUGGAGGUGGCCCUCUUUUUUCUCUUCUUGGUUUCCUGAUUUUCCCCUUGUUCUGGAGCAUUCCAGAAGCUUUGAUUACAGCUGAGCUUGCCACAAGCUUCCCUGAAAAUGGGGGUUAUGUUGUUUGGAUAUCAGCUGCUUUUGGGCCGUUUUGGGGCUUCCAAGAAGGCUUCUGGAAGUGGUUCAGUGGGGUCAUGGACAAUGCCCUAUACCCUGUCUUGUUCCUUGAUUACUUGAAGCAUUCAUUUCCAAUCUUCAAUGGCCUCGCUGCUCGAAUUCCAGCUCUUUUAGGAAUCACACUUUCUCUGACUUAUUUGAACUAUCGCGGCCUGCACAUUGUCGGGUUUUCUGCAGUUUUGCUUGCUAUUUUCUCGCUCUCCCCAUUUGUUGUCAUGGGAAUUCUCUCAAUUCCUCGAAUUAGGCCUCGCCGGUGGGGGGUUGUGGAUUUUGGGAAGGUGGACUGGAGAGGGUACUUCAAUAGCAUGUUUUGGAAUUUGAAUUACUGGGACAAAGCAAGUACUCUUGCUGGGGAGAUCGAAAACCCGAGCCAUACAUUCCCAAAGGCUCUCCUUGGGGCUGUGUUUUUGGUGGUUUCUUCGUAUUUGAUUCCACUUCUUGCUGGCACUGGAGCUUUAGACUCGAACUCGAGCGAGUGGAGUGAUGGAUACUUUGCUGAAGUUGGGAUGCUGAUAGGAGGGUCUUGGCUCAAAUGGUGGAUCCAAGCUGCAUCAGCAAUGUCUAACAUGGGGCUGUUUGAAGCUGAAAUGAGCAGUGAUGCCUUUCAACUCCUUGGAAUGAGCGAGAUAGGAAUGCUCCCAGCUAUAUUCGCUUCAAGAUCCAAAUACGGCACACCAACCAUUAGCAUAGUGUGCUCUGCAGCUGGUGUGAUCUUGCUAUCUUGGAUGAGUUUCCAAGAAAUCUUGGAGUUUCUCAACUUCCUCUACUCCAUUGGAAUGCUUCUUGAGUUUGCAGCAUUCAUAAAGUUGAGAAUAGAGAAGCCGGAUCUUGCUAGGCCAUACAAAGUCCCAUUACAGACCUUUGGCUCGACGAUGCUUUGUCUUCCCCCCGCGCUUUUGCUUGUUCUUGUGAUGUGUUUAGCAUCCGCAAAGACAUAUUUGAUUAGUGGCGCAGUAAUUCUUAUUGGGAUAGUCUUGUAUCCUGCUAUAGUUCGUGCAAAGGAUAGCAAAUCGACCCAAAUCAGUAUGGAGCAACAAGCAGACCCUGCUGAUGAUGAUGAUAUUGAAGGGGAGUCGACUGUGUCGGCACAGCAACAAUUAGCUGUUGUCGACGAAGCUUCAGUUAGCCUUCUUUCAACCAGACCAUCUUCUGAGCCACAACAGGCCUCGACCGGUUUAGAGACCAGAGCGAAAGUUGUCUAAUGUGCUCUUCACUACAUUUGUACGUGUAGAUUGUUUAGUAUUACAGCAAAAUUUUUCAAAUAAUUGCAAUCUUGGACUUUGUUGUCCAAUUUAUGUUCAACACCAUGUAUUGAAAUUAUUGAAUCCUAGUGAGAAAUCUCAUAAGAAACUUUACAUCUUA